AUGGCCACGCCGACCGCCAAUGGCGGCUAUGCCACCACAGAAGGCACCCUCCAUGUCUCCAAGCCCUUCCGCGAUAACAAAUCCAAGAAGAUGCGUGCCGUCGUCACCUUCCACCCCCGCAAGUCCCACUUUGACACGUCGAACGAGGCCUCGGGCACGAACGAGUUCCGUGGCUUCUUCACGCUCUUUUGGAUAUCCAUGUUCCUCUUCACUGUACAGACGUACAUCACCAGCUUCGAGACGCACGGAUACGCGCUUAGCAUGGGGUUCGCGACCAUGUUCUCGCGCGAUGCUGUUACGCUCGCGCUGAGCGACUUACUCCUCGUCGCUACCACGGGUCUUUGCGUGCCCUUCGCGAAGGCGGUCAGCAAGGGGUGGAUACGGUAUUACUGGGUUGGAGUCAUUAUCCAGCAUGUUUUCCAGACUCUUGUCCUUGUAGUUGCUGUUACGUGGACAUUCAAUCGACAAUGGCCAUGGGUGCAAUCUGGAUUCCUCACUUUACACUCACUUGUUAUGAUCAUGAAGAUGCACUCCUACAUGACAGUCAACGGCUAUCUCCAAUGGGUGCGAACCCGCGCAAAGGACACUUUCGGGCGGAUGAGUGAAGCGACCGAGGAGUAUGGCGGCAUCGACCAGGCCAUCAGUGUGGCCCGCCAGAAGCGCUACGAAGAAGAGGCCCCAUCCGUGCUGACGACAGGCCAAAACACCACGGAAAUUGGUACUCCCGUAAUCCAGACUCCCAGCGAGAUGAACAGGAGCUCAACGGAGCUCACAAAUGACACGAACAUCAGCACCAGAAACAAUGAUGAGAAUGGGCCUUUGCGACACUACACCGACCCCUCGACCGCUGCGGCAUUGCGCAAGCGGCUGAACGCCAUCUCCGCCGGGGAGCGCUCGGAGAACCGCGAUGAAGGUAAACGGGACCAAGACAUGAAGGAGAACGCCAAUAUCGUCAAUGAGGCCGUCAAGAACGGCGACGUGAAGCGUAGCGGCGACGCCACCCCAUCCCCCUCGGUCACCAGCACUAGUAUCCCGGACCGCGAUCCUGCGUACGCGCUGAAGUACCACCCGGACGCGCACAUCGCGGCUCUCGCGAAGGAGUAUGUUGACCUCGACUCGGAGCUCGUGAGCGCGGGCCCGGCGCAGGUGCGCUGGCCAGAGAACAUCUCGUUGAAGAACUUUGUUGUGUAUCAACUGAUUCCGACGUUGGUGUAUGAGCUGGAGUAUCCGCGCACUGACCGGAUACGGCCGAUUUAUGUUUUCGAGAAAACGACAGCAUUUAUGGGCUCGUUCGCGCUGCUUUAUACUGUUACGGAGAGUUUUAUUAUUCCCUUGACCCCGACCCCGGAUCAGUCGUUCUUCCGCUCGCUCCUUGAUCUCGCUCUGCCGUUUAUGAUUGCCUAUCUGCUUUUGUUCUACAUCAUUUUUGAAUGCAUUUGCAAUGGUUUUGCAGAACUCUCAUACUUCGCCGAUCGACAAUUCUACGAGGAUUGGUGGAACUCAACGUCCUGGGACGAGUUCUCGCGCAAGUGGAACAAGCCCGUGCACACCUUCCUCCUGCGGCACGUGUAUGCGUCGACGCUCUCCACGUACCCCAUCUCGCGCUUCACAGCCAUGUUCCUCACGUUCCUACUCUCUGCCGCCGCGCACGAGCUCGUGAUGACAGUCGUGACGAAGAAGAUCCGGAUGUACCUCUUCGUGAUGCAGCUUGCCCAGAUACCGAUGAUCCUCGUGAGCCGCGCGCCGUUCAUCAAGCGCAACAAGCUCAUGGGUAAUGUUGUGUUCUGGCUGGGGCUGUAUGCGGGGUUCCCGCUGCUGUGUGUUGCGUAUGUCGCGUAUUGA